AUGGCUCGCACCAAGCAAACCGCAAGAAAAUCCACCGGAGGCAAAGCCCCAAGGAAGCAGCUAGCCACAAAAGCCGCCAGAAAAUCAGCUCCGGCCACCGGAGGAGUCAAGAAGCCACACAGAUUCCGUCCCGGAACAGUUGCCUUGAGAGAGAUCAGGAAGUACCAGAAGAGCACCGAGCUUCUGAUCCGCAAGCUUCCUUUCCAGCGUCUCGUCCGAGAGAUAGCUCAGGAUUUCAAGACGGAUCUGAGGUUCCAGAGCAGCGCCGUCGCGGCGCUUCAGGAGGCGGCGGAGGCUUACCUCGUCGGGUUGUUCGAAGACACGAAUCUGUGUGCGAUUCACGCGAAGAGGGUUACGAUCAUGCCAAAGGAUAUCCAGCUGGCAAGGAGGAUCCGUGGUGAGAGAGCUUAAGUGGAGAUGAGGAAGAUCAAUGGUUUAAUUGCUUUGGUUGUUUAAUCAGUUUGUGUAAAUCGUUUUAAAAAAAUGUUUGUGUGUUUUAGUGUUUUUUCAAGUCUUUUUGAUUUGAUGAAUGUUUACACAUGAAUAUCAAUCUAGUGGUUAUUUCUCCUCUAUAAUUAUGUCUUUU